AAACCAAGGAAAUAUUAGUUAUACUAGCACUAGUUGUGAAAUCUAACACAAAUCCAACUCAAAAUGGGUCCUCCCAAAAGUGGAAAAAGAACAAAGACAUGUGAACACCUUACCCUUUCACUUUAUUACCUUAAAUCCAACCUCUUCACUAUAUAAACACAACCACCUUCAAUAUUAUUGCAUUACAUGAAACUCAUACAUCAUAAUCACCCUUUCAUACCUAAAAACAAAUAUCUUUCAUGGCCACUCUUACUCUCCCCUUCCUAAUCCUCUCAAUCCUUUCUAUUGCCACCUUCGCCGCCUCGGCUGCUGCCACAUCCACCAACAACUUCAUCAAAACAAAGUGUAGCUCCACAGCCUACCCAACAGUUUGUGUACAAUCUUUGUCAUCCUAUGCUAACAAGAUCCAAAAAAGCCCACGUCAACUGGCCCAAACUGCACUAAUAGUGAGCCUAGCCAAGGCUCAUUAUGCCAAAGCCUAUGUAGCCCACCUGGCCCAUUCCAGUGGGCUAAGGCCCAAAGAAUCUGGAUCAGUUAAGGACUGUUUGGAGGUUAUAGGGGACACAGUGGACAAGCUUAGUAAGUCGGUCCAUGAGUUCCAAACCGCGGUUCGAGGCCGGUCUAGGGACUUUUUAUGGCACAUGAGUAAUGUACAAACUUGGGCUAGUGCUGCUCUUACUAAUGAGAAUACUUGUGUUGAUGGGUUUAAGGACCAAAAUGCAAAUGGUAAGGUGCAAAAUGCAAUUGAGGUGCAAUUAAAGGGUGUUAUGCAGUGUACAAGUAAUGCCCUUGCUUUGGUUAAUCAGUUUGCUAAUAGUAAGUACUUUCCUAAUAAUGUAUGAUCAUCAUAAUUAUGAUGAAAUUAUGUGACCUACUAUACCAAAGAUAAUAGAAAUUUAAUGAGGUAAUCUAAGAAAAUUUUGGGGGAAUAAUUCCCCUUUUUUUAGUUUGGCUUUGUAUGGUUUGAAAUAUGUUGUAUACAAUCUUAUAUGAUGUAUAGUAAAAGGUAAAGUAACAGUUUUUUUUAUUGUAUAUUCAUUAUUUCUUGGAUUCAAUUAAAUACCUCUUGA